AUGGCCACCGCGUGCUCCUUUCACGGUAUUGUGGGCAUUCAAAAUGCUACACCGUAUAGCUUGGAUUCGAAAAAGAGGUUCUGGAAGAUGGAAGGCUUUGUGCCUGUAUCUCUUGAUCCAGAAGAUAGCAUUGGUGAUCCCCCAGUCUCUGUCUUCGUCUUCGGCGGCAAAACGGCACCUCCUGAAGAUGGCAUCAAUUUCGUGUCAUUACUACGACUGUCGACGAAGAGACUUCCUUGCCUUUCUCACCAAAUUCGUCCACGGUCUGAGAGUUCUCGAGUUCUCAUGAAUGUGUUCCACAAUAACACUUUACACACCGACUAG